AUGACAGACUUCAACAACCGCCGCAAGUCGGAGCAGUGCGCGGCAAGCGAGAGCCACCAUGAUGAAGCGGAUGACACCCAUUACCAAGAUAGCACCGACAGUCUCGACCUGCUGCUUCUCCCCGACGGCGAUGAUGACGACCUCAACCCCAAUCCCGACGACCACGAUGCGAGGGAGCAUCUCAGACCUAGCACCACAACCAAAAUUAUCACCAUGGCUGUGGUCAUCGUGGCGGUUUUAUUGCUGGGUUUUGUCGUCGUCGAAGGCGCUCGCGCGCUUGCCAACAUUGCUGCGACGGUCGUGUCCUGCAUCCACAUCUGUUGCGAACGGGGGCGGGCUAUGAUCGAGGCCGCAAUCGACAGGGCCCACAGGCACGCUGUGGAAUCGGAAGCUCGGAUGGAUGCUCUGUUGGAGAAUCAUAGAGCUCCCAUAGAUGAUUUUAGUGCUCGGAUGGAUGAAUUUAGAGCUCGCAUGCAUGAUUAUCACGCUCGCAUGGAUAACAGUUGGGCUGGGCGCAAUCGUAAUCAUGAUGGGGAUCCCCUGGGUGGGUUUGGAGCUGGCCUGUAUGAUACUGAAGCUGAUCUGGAGGAUAUUGGAGCUCUCCUGGAUGAUCUUUUAGCUGACUAG